CGUGAUAGCUGAACGGCUAUUGGUUGGCGGGGCAGAGCAGUGAGAGGUGAAAGGUUAACGCAUGGGUUUGGAUGAUCAAGCGGGCUGCAGAACACUGAAGCACACUAGCUUUUGUCCGUAUUCGCUUGUUUUGUAGGGAAUUGGUUUGCGGAUACUUCAUCUAACGCAUAUUUAAGUGUGUAUUCAGUGUAAUGGCCGAGAGACCAGAGGACCUCAAUCUUCCCAAUGCUGUCAUCACGCGGAUUAUAAAGGAGGCAUUGCCAGAUGGAGUUAACGUCUCCAAGGAGGCACGAAGAGCGAUAUCUCAAGCAGCCAGUGUUUUCGUUCUCUAUGCAACAUCUUGUGCAAACAAUUUUGCUAUGAAAGCAAAAAGGAAGACACUCAACGCUGGAGAUGUGAUGUCAGCUAUGGAGGAGAUGGAGUUUGAGCGUUUCUUGCAACCACUGCGGGAAGCACUUGAAGCUUACAAGAAAGGUCAAAAAGGCAAGAAGGAGGCAUCUGAGCAAAAACGUAAGGACAAGGAGAAGAAGAACAGCAUAGAUGAGAACGACAAGAGUAGAGAUGAAGAGGAAGACGAGCACAUGGAUGAUGAGCAGGAGGGAGAGAAUGAAGGAGAGGAAGAGGAUGUGGAGAACUGAGAGCAAGCAGGAUUUUUUUUUUUUAUUUGUUCAGUCCGACCCGGUUUCCAUCAACCAUGGCAAAUAAUAGUUUCCACAUUAAUGGUGGGACAAGGACAAGCCUAUGGUACUGAAUACAAAGGUUUCACUUUAUGAAAUUGAGCAACUGUACAAAAACAAUUGUAGCAACUUUCCUGCUGAGAGCUCCUUUGAAUACAGUGAGGUAUAUUUCAAGAGAAAUUUCACUUUAAUCAGUUAUGCAUAACACAGUGAUACCCACAGAGUUUUAAACAAAUAAAUGUACUCUUACUGGAGUCAAGAAAUGGGAAAAAUGUGAUGCUUGUUAAUGAUUUAAGAUGAGGAAUUAAAGGUGAGCAGCUUGAAGUACUCAAACAUUUUGUAAACAAAGUUUCUGCUGUUGUGAAACACUUAUACCAUGCCAGUUUGUAGCUCCAAAAUAUGGUACUCCUUAGAGACAGCAAUAUAUUCCACUCAUAACCAGUGAAGUACUUUUUGGCCAUGUACACACUGCAAGUUUCAGGAGUGACAACUGCAUUUAAAUGCGGGAGUGAGUCCCGUAAAUUAUCAUUGUGUGUAUGGAACAGCAGUCACUCCUGCAUUUGUAACCACAGCAACAUUGUCAUAUCGCGAGAGUAAAUAAAAAAAUAUUAAAAUUA